CACAAGAUGAUGAAAAAAAACUACAAAAAACAUUGAAAGCGUCUACCAUUCAGAGCAGCAGCUGCAGCUUCAGGGAAUUUUUAACUGUUCAACAAUGAGUGAGUCACUGGUGGUGUGUGAUGUGGAUGAAGAUCUGGUUAAAAAGCUGAGGCAGUUCCGUUUCAGGAAGGAGACCAAUAAUGCGGCCAUUGUUAUGAAGAUUGAUAAAGACAAGCAGCUGGUGAUUCUUGAGGAGGAACAUGAGGAUAUUUCUCCUGAUGAUCUAAAGGAUGAACUGCCUGAGAGACAGCCAAGAUUUAUCGUCUACAGUUAUAAAUACGAACAUGAUGAUGGACGUGUUUCCUAUCCUCUCUGCUUCAUCUUCUCCAGUCCAGUGGGUUGCAGACCAGAGCAGCAGAUGAUGUACGCAGGAAGCAAAAACAAACUGGUGCAAACUGUUGAACUGUCUAAGGUGUUUGAGAUCAGAAACACAGAGGACCUAACGGAGGAAUGGCUUAGAGAGAAACUUGGGUUCUUUGGUUAAAGUCAUCUUAUCCAGUGGUCUGGGAUGUGAGGAGGAUCCAGAUUGCGCAAUCUCUUGGGGAGAACACACCACCGUUAAUGUUUCCCUCCUCUGUGUACCAGACCUGAUUUAAAUAUUGUUUGCAAACACCUUCUGUACUCAGUUUUAGGUCUCUUUGGUAGAGUUUACGGAAAAUUACAAUUCAGUGUAACACUAACUAAACCUCGCCCAUCUGCCAGCUUAAAACUGAAAACACUAUUUGACGCAGGUCUGCUUUUGUCUCCUAUACAAUCUCUCCACGUGCCAGUUAUGUGUCUGUAUUGAAUUAACACUCCCAUAGCUCUUGAAUUGGUCAGAAAUUGAUUGUACUUGUCCGCUCUUCCUAAGCAUGUUCAUCCAGGAGAAUUUAAAGGCAUUUUAACAA